AUGGAAUACCAUGGACUGUUCCUGUGUCUGGAUCUGUUGGAGGAUCUAGAUCCGCGACGUCUAGUGAUGUGCGGAGGCUCGAACCUGGUGAUCCGACAUAUACGAGAGGAGAUCGAUUGUAAAGCACCAGGUUUGACAUUGCUACGCCAGCGAGGUCUUGAUCGACUACGUGUUUGGCCUGAGCAUGACCUAUUGCAUGUUAACCGAGAUUGGAAUGGGAGUGCCGACAGCUUACACUACAACGACAAUACGGAAGCGGAGAUCCAGGAUCUAGUGACCUUGAACCGGUUGGAUGAGAUCCUGAUAGUGAAGAUCGAAGACGAGAUUGCCCAGAUAUCUACUGUAACGACCCGAUCUAAUGCUAGAUCUGGAACGCGUAUUGGGUCUGAUCCAGAUUCAUUGCGCGAGGAAGUUGUGAGAGAACUGCGGAUCGAGCGGAUCCGGCAAGCACAAGAUGAGGAGUCGUGGAUCUCAGGAUUGAAGAAGUAUUUCGUUGGAGAGCUCCGAGAUCUGACACAAGAAGAUGCAGAGGUGUUUGGAUCUAUUGCCAUGAAUUAUGAAGUGGAUCAGUCGGAUCUACUCUUCUACUGUCCGACGACUAAGGAGGCCGCCGCGGAUCGAGACAAGAUGAUGCGAUUGGUGGUGUCUGAGACGCUUCAACAGGACAUUUUGCAUCACUACCACGCGAGUUUGCAAGGCGGCCAUCAAGGAAUCGGUCGUACCUAUGAUCGGAUCCGCGAUCAUUUCCACUGGAGUGGGUUGUAUAAGAGUAAUGUGUUGAUUGUGAAACAGGCAAAGGACGACCUCGGAUCCAGGGCAACAUACCCGUUCCAGAUCAUUGCCACGGAUCACAUACCUUCGCUGCCUAGAUCUUUCAAUGGUAACACAGAGCUGUUGCUCUUCGUGGAUCUAUUCUCUGGAUAUGUGAUCGUCAAAGCCAGCGCCUCUAGAUCUGCACAAACGAUUGCUGAGACUUACGAAGAAUGCGUUUUCCGCAGAUUUGGUGCGAGCGAGGUGAUUCGGCAUGAUCGAGUGCCAGGUUUUAUGUCUGACUUCUUUAAGUCCUUCAACAAGAUCUUGGGUCAACACCAACGUGAGCAUAUGGUCCAGACGGCCACCAGGGCUCUUAAGAUGUAUGUGCAGGAUCUGGAUCAACGUGAUUGGGAUGAAUACGCCUAA